CUUGCUUUUUUCCCUCUCUUCUCUCCCCCCUUUCCCCAUUUCACGUCUUACGUAUCACGUAUUUCUUUUCGAGCUUACUAUGGCAACGCAUAUCCUUGCAUCUUGAUGCGGUACUCUUAUCUUCUUCUUCUUUCUUUCGUUUAGCAUUUUCUUAAAUCUAUGUUUUUACUUUCUCAUGACUUGCAUUCCUUUUACUCACGCUUCUCAUGCCAUUCUCAUGUUCUACGCCCGUGUCCUCUGACUCAUACCAUUGGCCUAGCUUUAUUUAUUCGUUCCUUUUCCCCUUUCCCAUUACUUUUAUUUUUAUUUCUUACCCUCCCAUCUACCUUUUUUUCCCGUUUCUUUUCCCAUAACGUGAAGCGCGUCAUGGGGAAUAUAACGUCUAGCAUUCAAGCUAUACUAGCGUCUUACAUUGUGUCGUUUUAUUUUUCUCGUUUACCUUUUUUAUCUUUUUACCUUUUUUACCUUUUUUGCCUUGCCUUGCCUUGCCUUGCCUUGCCUUGCCGUGGCUUGCCGUGGCUUGCCGUGGCUUGGCUUGACUUGUCUGGUCUUGACUUUUUUGUCUUGGCUUAUCGUGGCUUGGCAUGCCGUGGCUCGGCUUGUCGUGGCUGGCUUGUGUCGUCUUGUCUAAUGUUCCGGCAUUUUUCCUUUUGGAUUUCAUCUACAUUAGCACAAGUCUUAUUCACAUUAUUCACAUUAUUUAUAUUCAUAUCAUCAUCAUUGUCAAUCCAUUGAACCAUUGAUCCAUUGAUUCAUUGAUGGAUUUUAAUUCAUCGCUGAUUUAUUGGUCUGGAUUAUCUCCGUUCAUCUUCUUCGCGAUAUCUUCUCGUAAUGUCUUCUCAUAAUAUCAAUCGCGUACUUUAUAGUGAUCCAAGUGUUUGUCACUUGUCAAGUAACUAUCCACUCUG